CGUUUGUUGAGCCAAUAUCGUCUUCCAUUUUGUGAUUUAAUAUAAUCGUUUCUACCCACGUAUCCCUUCAUACAUCGAGCAGUUCGUCAAACAUUCACUUGUUUGGCUUCACACUUUCUUCGCGAAGACAGACUAGGGAGGAUUGUCCUCAGCCUUAUCACCAACCGUUACUCAUCGUCAGGGCGGUGAUUGGAAUCUGCAUAUCGAUAGCGCACGCCCACCCAUUUGCCCCACCAAAGUCGUCACAGCGGCAAUAUUUUCCCUGGCAAUAAUAAUUACGCCGCCUAGGAGUAUUAUUCUCGCUUUCUCUCCGGUCCAAAUCCACAACACAUAUCCCUCCCACAUUUCUCACCAUGCCUGUCUCAGCGUCCAAGGCGGCUCGUGAAGCCAAGCGUGCGGCGGCCAAAGACAAGAAGCCCUCCAGCAAGUCAAAGAAGGAUGACGCUGAAGCCGAUGGAUCGGGCGAAGGAGAAAGCCUGCAGGAGAUGAACAGCAAGGUUGCUAAAUUGGCACUGCAAGAGGACAAAGAUGGUAUCUCUGACCGAGUCACAACUGGUGUUCUUGCCUCCCUGGAGGCGAGCCGAGACGUGAAGAUCAUUUCCGCAUCACUCGUCUUCCACGGAAAGGUGCUCUUCAACGACACCAUGAUCGAAGUCAACUACGGUCGUCGCUACGGUCUCUUGGGUGAGAACGGUUGUGGAAAAUCUACCUUCUUGAAGGCCAUCGCCAAGCGCGAAUUCCCCUUCCCUCAACACAUCGACAUCUACCUCCUCAACGAAGGUGCUGAGCCUUCAAACACUGGUGCUCUCGACUGGGUCGUCAACCAGGCCGAAGCCGAAAUGAAGCGGUUGGAAAACUUGGCUGAGAAGAUCUUGGAAAACGAGGGUCCUGACAGCCCCAAACUCGAGGACAUCUAUGAGCGUAUCGAUGGAAUGGAUCCCUCGACCUUCCGCACACGUGCCUCUUUGAUUCUGACUGGUCUCGGUUUCAACAAGCAGACCAUGGACAAGAAGACCAAGGACAUGUCCGGUGGUUGGCGUAUGCGUGUCGCGCUCGCCAAGGCGCUUUUCAUCAAGCCAUCUCUCCUUUUGCUCGACGACCCCACCGCACAUUUGGACCUCGAGGCCUGUGUGUGGCUUGAGGAAUACAUGAAGAAGUGGGACCGUACCCUCAUUCUCGUCUCCCACUCGAUGGAUUUCUUGAACGGUGUCUGCACAAACAUGAUCGACAUGCGAGAGAAGAAGCUGCUGUACUAUGGUGGUAACUACGACACCUACCACAAGACUCGUGCCGAGCACGAGGUCAACCAACAGAAGGCGUACGAGAAGCAGCAAGACGAAAUCAAGCACAUCAAGGAAUUCAUCUCCAAGGCUGGUACCUAUGCCAACUUGGUGCGACAAGCCAAGUCGCGACAGAAGAUUUUGGACAAGAUGGAGGCCGACGGUUUCAUCCAGCCUGUACACAAGGACCGUGUCUUUUCCUUCCGUUUCGCCGAUGUCGAGAAACUGCCUCCACCUGUGCUUGCUUUGGACGAUGUAACCUUCUCAUACUCAGGCGAGAAGGACGAUCUCCUAUACGAGAACCUCGAUUUUGGUGUCGACAUGGACAGCCGAACUGCGCUAGUGGGCCCCAACGGUGUUGGAAAGUCGACUCUGCUGCGUAUCUUCACUGGCAAGCUCUCACCAAACAGCGGCGCUGUCUCACGUCACACCCACUUGAAGUUGGGCAUGUACAGCCAGCACUCGACUGAACAGCUCGAUCUGACCAAGUCCGCGCUGGACUUUGUCCGCGACAAGUUCUCGGCCAUCAGCCAGGAUUACCAAUACUGGCGUCAACAGCUCGGCAAGUACGGUCUGUCUGGAGAGUCGCAGACCGCCAUCAUGGGUACUCUCUCCGAGGGACAGAAGAGCCGUAUCGUCUUUGCCCUGUUGGCCAUUGAGGGUCCCAACAUGUUGCUGCUGGACGAGCCGACCAACGGUCUCGACAUCCCGACCAUUGAUUCAUUGGCUGAUGCGAUCAAUGCUUUCUCGGGCGGUGUGGUUGUUGUUUCUCACGAUUUCAGAUUGCUCGACAAGAUCGCCAAGGACAUCAUGGUGUGCGAGAACAAGACCGUCACGAGAUGGGACGGUACUAUCGGACAGUACAAGAACAACCUCCGCAAGAAGAUGCUUGCAGCCGGUGGUGUGUAAGCGAUCCCUCGUGAAGAGGUCCGGUAGGGUCAAAAUUGGAAAGCGAGGGUGCUGUCCAUUGAUCCCGUCUUCAUCCCACACACAGAUGGCGAAGACUUGCGAGCAGCGACUCCAUCGGACAACCAUCCACGACCCUUUGAGAUAUCAAUUCGACACGCGAAGGAGUUUGUCACUUAUCUGAGACAGGGAAGGGUCAAUUCCAUGGUGUUGCACACCGGGAAUAAUGAAUGGGGGGUGAUACAAGAUGGGGAAAAUCGGCGAAAUAGAUAGGUGUUGGUCUGCUAAAUUUAUCAUCGUUGCACUUUA